CCAAGAGAGCUGAUCCAAACUGGCUAAAGGGAUAUUCCAUAUCAUAUGCUGUCAUGCCCAGUAUGUUACCUGGGGGGAGGCAGCGAUGGUGGCUUGGGGACCAGCAGUGUCGGUCAGUGGGUGGUGAGCAGUUGCAUCACUUGUUGUUUGGGUUUUUUCCCUCCUUCUGAUGUUUUACCUCUCUCUCUCAUUAUUUUCCUUCUCACUAUAUUAUUAUUAUUUAUUAUUAUUACCAUUUUAAUUAUUAAACUGUUCUUACCUCAACCCAUGAGUUUUCUUACUUUGGCCCUUCCACUCUCCCCCGUCGCCGGGGUGGGCGCAGGGAGCGAGCGGCUGCGUGGUGCUCGGUUCAGCAAGGACCUCGGUGGGGCUCUCCUCUUGGAAGUGCUCUUGAAAUCUGCUCCUGAAAGCAAACAGUGGAAGUCCAGGCACUUAUCAGGACACGCUGUGAGCAGAGGGGGAGACGUGUGUUAUUUUUUAUGACCUGUGAGGAAGCGGAGAGACAUGUAGAGUGACCAGUGACUCCAAACCUCAAACAGCAGGGCGGUGGCAAAACUGGGGAUAGACACCUGGUGGUGCCGUCCCUCGCCAGUCUUGAAAAAUGGCACCAGCUACUCCAAGAGAAGCAGGAGUGUGGAGGCAAACCAGAGCUCUCUUAUUCAAGAACUGUCUUAUUAAGUGUAGGACUAAAAAAAGCAGCGUUCAGGAGGUCCUUUUCCCACUCUUUUUCUUGUUUUGGCUCAUUCUGAUGAGCAUGAUGCACCCGCACAGGAGGUACGGCGAGGUCGCCAACACCAACCUCGGCACUCUGGAUACCUCCAUGCUGGUGAAUUUUGUCAUCGGAUACACGCCGCCAACCCGAAUGGCACGAGAAAUCAUGAAGAAAGUGGCUUUUGAUCAUUUUGAAGAUGGCAUCAUCACAGAGGAGUACUUAAGCGAAGAGGAGCUGCAAGAAGCUAGUGCUUUUAAACCCUCAAACUUUGUGGGUGUAGUGUUCAACGACGCCAUGUCCUACCAGCUGAGGUUUCCCGAUUCGGUCGCUAUGUCUUCCAUUUACAUGGAAUCGAGAGCCAGUUGCUCCAACCUGCGGAAAGGAUGUGAAUCGGUAACGUACUGGAGCUCGGGAUUUACAGCUCUGCAAGCCUGCAUCGAUGCCGCUAUUGUACAGCUGAAGACUAAUCAGUCGGUUUGGGAGCAACUUGAGUUGACGAGAGCAAUGGUCAUGGGAGAGGCUGCGGUGGUGGAAAUUGAUAAUUUUCCUCGUGCGAUCAUUUUAAUUUACCUAGUGAUCGCUUUCUCACCGUUUGGGUAUUAUUUGGCAAUUCAUAUUGUGGCAGAGAAGGAGAGGAAGUUGAAGGAAUUCUUAAAAAUAUUGGGACUUCAUGACACUGCCUUUUGGCUUUCUUGGGUGCUGCUCUACAUGAGCCUGAUUUUUGUCAUGUCCAUUCUUAUGGCAGUGAUUGCGACGGCCUCCUCCCUCUUUCCCCAGAGCAGUGCCUUUGUGAUAUUUCUUCUUUUUUUCCUGUAUGGAAUCUCUUCAGUUUUCUUUGCACUUAUGCUGACGCCUCUAUUUAAAAAGUCAAAGCACGUGGGUAUAGUGGAGUUCUUGGCGACGCUGGCUUUUGGUUUUGUGGGCCUUAAUAUUGUCCUGCUGGAAGAUUUCCCCAAGUCUUUCGUGUGGAUUCUCAGCCCCUUAUGUCAGUGCAGCUUCUUGAUUGGGAUCGCGCAGGUCAUGCAUCUAGAAGAUUAUGAAGAUGGUGCAACAUUUUCAAAUCUCAAUCAGGGUCCUUACCCACUCUUUAUCUCUCUUAUUUUAUUGGUGCUGGAUAGCAUAUUUUAUCUGCUUGUAGCUGUCUACCUUGAUCAGGUUAUCCCAGGGGAGUUUGGACUGCGCCGCACGCCGUUUUUCUUUAUGAAGCCGUCGUUUUGGUCAAAGCACAGAAAAAAUUACAAGGAGUUGUACGAGAGCAGCAUCAACGGCAGUUUCAGCUUCAGCGAGAUAGUUGAACCCGUGCCUUCCGAAUUUCAGGGGAAAGAAGCCAUCAGAAUCAGCUGUGUUCAGAAAACAUUCAGGAAAAAGGGGGAAACUGUGGAGGCUCUCAGAAAUUUAUCCUUCGACAUCUAUGAGGGUCAGAUCACAGCUCUGCUCGGGCACAGCGGGACCGGGAAGACGACGCUGAUGAACAUCCUUUGUGGGCUGUGUCCACCCACGGACGGGUUCGUCUCUGUCUAUGGGCACAAAGUCUCUGAAAUCGAUGAAAUGCUUGAAGUGCGACAGAUAGCAGGUGUGUGCCCGCAGUCCGACAUACACUUUGAUAUAUUAACCGUGGAGGAGAAUCUCUCCAUAUUUGCUGCAAUUAAAGGAAUCCCGCAGAAUGAUUUGAUACAAGAGGUGCAGAAGGUGUUGCUGGAUUUGGAUAUGCAGCCUAUCAGAGACAACCAAGCUAAAAAAUUAAGUGGGGGGCAGAAAAGGCGGCUGUCGGUGGGCGUUGCUGUUCUCGGGAACCCAAAGGUUUUACUGCUGGAUGAGCCGACUGCGGGGAUGGAUCCGUGUUCGCGGCACAUCGUCUGGAACCUCCUGAAAAACAGAAAAGCGAAUCGUGUGACCGUUUUCAGUACCCACUUCAUGGACGAGGCAGAUAUCCUCGCUGAUCGUAAAGCUGUGAUUUCCCAAGGGAUGUUAAAAUGUCUUGGAUCUUCUCUCUUUCUCAAAAGCAAAUGGGGAAUUGGCUACCGCUUGAGCAUGCACAUCGACGCCUAUUGCAACACGGAAGCUACAACCUCGCUGAUAAGACAGCACGUACCUGCAGCCAGCCUGAUCCAAGAGAACGACGAGCAGCUCGUGUACACCCUGCCGCUCAAGGACAUGGACAAGUUCGCAGGCUUGUUUUCUGACCUCGACACUCAUUCCCAUUUGGGCGUUAUCACCUAUGGCGUUUCCAUGACGACACUGGAGGAUGUCUAUUUGAAACUGGAAGUUGAGGCAGAGAUAGAUCAAGCAGAUUAUAGCGUGUUCAGUUCCCAGCAAGUACAGGACGAAAUGGAUACAAAAUCCCUUGACGAUAUGGAGCAGAGCCUCCUGAUGCUCUCGGAGACGAAGGCGCCGGCAAUGAGCAACACAGCCCUCUGGAAGAAGCAGGUUUCCACCAUAGCAAAAGUCCACUUCCUUAGUCUCAAGCGGGAAAAUAAAUGCGUGAGAGUUAUGUUGUUGCUUUUUCUGAUUUUUCUUGUAGUUCAGAUUUUACUGUUUUUCAUCCACCACAUAAUCAAAAAUUCUGUAGCUGCAAUCAGACUUUCCCCAGAUUUGUACUUGCUGAAGCCCGGAGAGGACUCUCACAAGUACAGGAGCCGUCUCCUGCUGCAGAACUCCACAGAAUCGGAUAUCAAUGACAUUGUCCGCUCUCUUGGAAGCAUGAACAUACUCUUGGAGAUGUUCAAUGACAGUGAUUACGUCUCAGCUGCACCUCACAGCGCAGCCUUAAACGUGUUUGACCUCGAAUCCAGACAGAACUAUGUUUUCACGAUCAUAUUCAACAGUACCAUGGUGCAUUCCCUGCCAGUUUUGAUGAAUAUUGUCAGCAAUCUACUUCUGCGCAAUUUAAACGUGACAGAGAGCAUCGAAAUCUGGAGCAACCCCUUCAUUCAGAAUCUUCCAGACACAAUUUUCAGACUAGAGAUUUAUUUUGAAGCUGUGUUACUGGGAAUCAUUAUUACUGGAAUGCCACCCUAUUUUGCCAUGGACAAUGCAGAAAACCAUAAGAUCAAAGCAUACACACAGCUGAAGAUAGCGGGGCUUUAUCCCUCUGCUUACUGGACUGGGCAAGCUGUCAUCGACCUCCCGCUGUUUUUCUCCAUCCUUGUCCUGAUGAUAGGCAGCCUCUUUGCCUUUCACUACGGCGUUUAUUUCUACGUUGGCAAGUUCCUCGCUGUGAUAUUCUGCCUGAUUGGUUAUGUCCCGUCAGUCGUGCUCUUCACUUACGUGGUCUCCUUCACGUUUAAAAAAGUCCAGAACACAAAAGAAUUUUGGUCAUUUAUAUUUUCAGUGACAGCCUUGCUCUGCACGGUUGUCACUGAAGUGGCCUUUUUUCUGGACUAUUACCUGGUAACCACCAUCCUGCAUUACGUCUUCUCCAUCUUCAUUCCUAUUUAUCCCCUUAUUGGCUGUCUGAUUUGUUUUAUAAAGGUCUCGUGGAAAGGCAAGCGAAAGGAUGGAGGGUACUACGACCCCUGGGACCGGCUCCUGGUAGCAGUUAUAGCUCCCUAUUUGCAGUGCGUGGUGUGGCUGUUCUUACUGCGAUGUUUCGAGCUGAAGAAUGGAGGGAGGACAGUUAGAGAGGAUCCAUUUUUCAGAAGAUGUUUUACAAAAGCCAAAACCUGGAAGCUCCCAGACGUCCCGCAUGAUGAGAACGAAGAUGAAGACGUGAAGGCGGAGAGGCUGCGAGUCCAAGAGAUACUGAGCGGCCCCAAAAGCGAGGAGAUGCCAGCAAUCCUGGUCAGCAGCUUGCACAAAGAGUUUGAUGAAAGAAAGGAAUUUCUUCUUGGGAGAAAAAUAAAGAAAGUGGCAACAAAACAUGUUUCCCUCUGUGUAAAAAAAGGAGAAAUACUGGGUUUGUUAGGACCCAACGGAGCUGGGAAAAGCACGUUAAUUAAUAUGCUCGUUGGAGAGGUUGAGCCAACCAGCGGGCAGGUUCUGAUGGGAGAUUAUUCUUUCGGCCUGAACAGCGAAGAUGAGUCGGUGAAAUUUGUGGGGUACUGCCCUCAAACGAAUCCGCUUUGGCCAGAUAUUACAUUGCAGGAACACUUUGAAAUUUAUGGCGCUAUCAAAGGAAUGAGUCAGUCUGAUGUUAAGGAAGUCGUAAAACGCAUCGCAAGUGCCCUGGAUUUAAAAGACCACCUGCAGAAGACAACGAAGAAGCUGGGCGUAGGGCUGAAACGCAAGCUGUGCUUUGCGCUGAGUAUGCUGGGCAACCCACGGGUCACGCUUUUGGAUGAACCGUCGACCGGGAUGGAUCCAAAAGCCAAGCAGCACAUGUGGCGGGCAAUUCGAGCAGCAUUUAAGAAUAAGGAGAGAGCAGCUAUCCUGACCACCCACUACAUGGAGGAGGCGGACGCUGUCUGUGACCGCGUGGCCAUCUUGGUGUCCGGGCAGCUCAGGUGUAUAGGUACUGUCCAACACCUGAAGAGUAAGUUUGGCAGAGGAUACUUCCUGGAAAUGAAAUUAAAAGAAACAGCAGAUGUACAGCAGGUGGAGUAUCUGCAGAGCCAGAUUUUGUACAUCUUCCCCAACGCGAAUCGUCAGGAAAGUUUUGCUUCUAUUUUGGCAUAUAAAAUUCCUAAAGAAGAUGUACAGUCACUUUCACAUUCUUUUUCCAAGCUGGAAGAAGUAAAACAUGCCUUUAACAUCGAGGAGUACAGCUUUUCUCAGGCAACACUGGAACAGGUUUUUGUGGAGCUUGCCAAAGAGCAGGAGGAGGAGGACAGCAGCUUUGGCACCCUGAACAGCACCCUGUGGUGGGAGAGGACGCAGGAGGACAGAGUCGUUUUCUGAGCUCCUCGUGGUCCGGGUCUGCUCGGCACCUCGUGGUCUGAGCAAGCGAUGAUCCUCCGUGCACACGUCGGGGCGUGUGUGUGGAAAACAUCGGAGCUGGGACGGACGAGGAAAAUCGUAUUUGGAAGCACUGACCCUUUUCCACCGUCCUGGCCUUAGGAAUAACGCCGCAAUAGCAGUGGAAGCAGUGAGCAUCCCCACCGUUACUCUGGCUGCUCUGAAAUUCCUUCUCCCCUCACUUUUCCUGGUUUGCGUUGAGCGAGAAGAUGCUGCCACGACAGUUGGUCACCCUGGUGUUGGUUGCUUGUGCAGGGGCACCUGCCUGACCUCCUCCCUCGGCCGUGCUGUGCCCGCAUCGGGGCUGGCUGCCUGAGGUUGGCCUGUGCUUACUGGGAAUCGUGCACUGGAGCAAAACCAGUUGCCCCUGGAGCAUCCUGCCCCAUGGGACCCACUCGCUGGUUCGCAGGGCCUCGCCUUGCCCCGUGCCCUCGGUUGGGCGUUGCUGCCUGCCUGAUGAGGUGCUGCGCAGACACGUGUCCCUGCAAGGUCCUGCUCCCCCACCGGCUGAUCCGUCCCUGCUUAUGCGUAGAAGAUGCACCCGCUUAGAAGAGGGGAAAAAACCACUCCAAAGUAACUGUAUUCACUGCAAAAAGGGUCUUGAAUUACACUGCGAGCUUAGCUUGGUAUCCAACCGAUGUGAAAAUGUUCAUUUACAGACGUAAUAUGGCACUUGUUGACACAUUCCUUCCUCCUGCAAGCUGGCAGAUGUGCUCACUCCCGGUGCCGCUCUGGGUGGCGCUGGUGUUCGUAAUGCAUGCCCUGUAAAGUUAAAGGGGGUGUACACAAGUGGAUGCUUUCUUUCCCCAGCUUGGGUAAAAGUACAAAGACGUAACUGUAGUGACAGCAUUUGCAGAGAUGUAAGUAUUUCUCACCUUCGUUAAAAACAGUCUAAUUCUUUGGCUGGGUGUAACAACGUAUAUCCUGCCAGCUGUUUAUAGACACAGUCCUUUUUAGCUAUUUUCAUUUUUCUUGACAGCUAAAUCAUAUUUACACACAACAGCGUUUCCUAAUCCAUCUUUGUUGUGAGAGCAGUAAUGCAGUAGCGUGCUCAGCACAGGAACGAUCGCUUUGUCCUGGCCUGGCAAUUUUUCAUUUGCCUUUGUAAAUCAAAAAAAAGAAAGAUCCACAUUCACAGCCUCAUCAGUAGGAACGGUGCCUUUGGCUUGCAUAGAAGCACUGAGAGGAGCAGAAUAUGUGAUCCUUUAUCCCAAGGUAUGACACAUGUAUGUUGAAAAUGUAUUUUUUUUUGUUUUUUCUACACUAAACUAUCAUCACUUUUUUAGUUUUAUAAGGUGAAAUUAAAGAUCGCUAUCAGUUCAUUGUGUUGUGCAAUGAACAAAUAUAGAGAUAGAGAUGCAUUUAUGUCAAAACACGGGCUUCAUAAGUCAUAUCCAUUAUAUAUCUUCACGUUAAAGUUAGAAAAGACCUUUGUUUUGCUGUGAAAACUCAAAAAACUGUGGGUUAAGGUGGAGUUCUGUGUCCUAACUGUAAUUAUCAGGCAAUAAUAUAUGUUAUAUGCGUGAUGAUAGUUUAUCAUCGCAUUGAGCCAAAAUCUGGUUUCAUUAGUUUCUUACUCUACUAUGGGGAGAUGUGAACUCUUUAUGUACAACUUUUAUUUCCUCUUUUGUACUUGUAGAUUGCAAAUAAAGAUACAAAUUUUGUUUUGUAGUUAAAAUUUGAGCCCAAGAGCUGCAGUCAGGAGCGCAGACUGCGAACCUGCCCGUUUCGAUGAGCCCUGAGCCGUGGUACUUGCAUAUGCCCAACUCUUGUGCUGGAAACAAAACAGAGGUAAAGAACAGGAUUGCAGCUCCAGCCUCUAAACUGCAGCUCCGGUAGCAACCUUUCAGGAAGCUGAAGUUUCCCUGGAAGAAAAGAAAAAUGAUGCAAAUUGAGCUCUUUUGUUUAUGCAGCUUUUCAUUUAUCCCCUGAGAACCCCCAGCCCGUUGCCCCCAGCUGCAUCUCUGCUGCUGGCCGGUAUCUCUGUGCGUUUUCCUCUAUUUGGAGCAAAGGUGGGACCCAGAAUUCUGUCUCGCGAUGCCUUCCCAUGUCUGUACGUAUGAGCUAAGCGCGUCUUCUCCAAAUCCCACGCUUCUUACUUCCAUCUCUUUUUGUAAAUGGUUUUUUCAGCCGAGUGUCACCUGCACGUCUCUCCAGCAGUGUACAGCACGCUCUUUCCACGUGACCUUGUGAAAGUACAGUUGUGACCUCUUGGCCUUGGUGUCUUCAUUUUAUUCUUUAACUCAUAGACAGAGUUAAUAGUCUGUAAAGUAGUUUGAUACUGUCUGGACAACAUCACCCGAUUUCAAAUAGUUUCUUAUUUUCUAAUGUUUCAAAUGGAUCGUAUGAAAACUUUCAUUAGCACCUAGAUUUGCUCAGCUUGAUGCUUUUCUUCUUUAUCCUGGAGAAACGCGGUUGGCGGUGGCACACUGUUUAUGCAGCUACACGUACAAAGACUUUGGCUCAUUAGCUGCAUAUUUGGGUAGGAUCUUUUUGGCGUGGUGACAUCAUGUGUCAACGUGGCGUAAGAUGCCACCCCAAAACAUCACUGUAAUCAGAAUGUGUUGUAACCAGAAGUCUUUCAAAGUGUCAUACCAUGCCUGUAAUUGCCAGAAUAGGGAAAAGCACAUGCAAAAUUAAACGAGAGAAUCCCCUGGAAAUGUGAGAGUUUUUUUCCUGCCAUCUUAAGUCCCUUUGUUCAGCUGUUAGCAGUGACAUGCCAAAUCCCAGCCAUACAAUACAGACACCCCGUUUGUGCUGCAGGAGAUAAAACGGAGUCGAGGCAGCUGGAUUUGGGCUGACAAAUCCAGCUUGGGGCAAAUCGAGUUCAGGUUGUGUCACUGUUCCUAAGUAUAAUAGUUUGAGUUACCUUCCAGGGUUGUUGUGAGAAAUAGUUAAUAUAUCCAAAACCUGGAAGAUGCGUUUACUUUGUGGUGUUAUUAUAAGGUUUUAUUUUUCUAUGGAGGAAUUUAAUGUGCCUGAUUUUGUUUACAUUAUCAAGAAAAGCCCUUAUUAAAAAAUAUCUCUGUAUAGCGAGUGAAGUCUAUUAUGUAGCCAACAUCCAGUACUCUGUUAGCAGGAACAGAAGGUGUCGGGUCUAAAGGUGACACAUUUGUAACGCUCUUCCUGACGGUGCCUUCAGGCACUUCGCAUCGUUUGCAGUUGAUUUUAUACACCUGUCGUGUCUUUUACCACUUUACGAAUACAGUCAAGGUUUUUCCUUUUCCAGCAGGAAGUACUACCAAAAUAAAGAUGGAUUGGAUUGUUAAAUGCC